GGGGAGUUAAUUUUAAAUCGGUACAAGAUGGCGGAGGGGGACGAGGCAGCGCGAAGGCAGCAGCCGCAGCAGGGGCUGAGGCGCCGGCGACAGACUAGCGACUCGAGCGUCGGGGUUAACCACGUCUCGUCUACGACCUCCCUAGGUGAGGAUUAUGAAGAUGAUGACCUAGUAAACUCAGAUGAGGUUAUGAAGAAACCAUGCCCAGUACAGAUUGUUCUUGCCCAUGAAGAUGACCAUAACUUUGAGCUUGAUGAAGAGGCUUUGGAGCAGAUAUUGCUGCAGGAGCACAUACGGGAUCUUAACAUAGUCGUGGUAUCUGUGGCAGGAGCUUUUCGUAAAGGGAAAUCAUUUCUCCUGGACUUCAUGCUUAGAUAUAUGUAUAACAAGGAUUCUCAAAGCUGGAUUGGUGGAAACAAUGAACCAUUGACUGGCUUUACGUGGCGAGGUGGCUGUGAAAGAGAAACGACAGGCAUCCAAGUUUGGAAUGAAGUGUUUGUGAUUGACAGACCUAAUGGGACAAAAGUGGCUGUGCUGCUGAUGGAUACCCAGGGUGCUUUUGACAGCCAGUCAACCAUUAAAGACUGUGCCACGGUGUUUGCUCUGAGUACUAUGACGAGUUCUGUCCAGGUAUAUAAUUUAUCUCAGAAUAUUCAAGAAGAUGAUCUUCAACACCUACAAUUAUUUACAGAGUAUGGAAGACUUGCAAUGGAAGAGAUCUACCAGAAGCCAUUUCAGACGUUAAUGUUUUUGAUUCGAGAUUGGAGUUAUCCUUAUGAACAUUCAUAUGGCUUGGAAGGCGGAAAGCAGUUCCUUGAAAAGAGAUUGCAGGUAAAACAAAACCAGCAUGAGGAGCUGCAGAAUGUCAGGAAGCACAUUCACAAUUGCUUCUCAAACCUGGGCUGCUUCCUUCUACCACAUCCUGGUCUUAAAGUUGCCACGAACCCUAGUUUUGAUGGACGACUGAAAGAUAUCGAUGAAGACUUUAAACGGGAGCUUCGAAAUCUGGUUCCAUUGCUGCUUGCUCCUGAAAAUCUUGUUGAGAAAGAGAUAAGUGGAUCUAAAGUCACUUGUAGAGAUCUUGUAGAGUAUUUUAAGGCAUACAUUAAAAUAUAUCAAGGAGAAGAACUACCACAUCCAAAGUCUAUGCUUCAGGCAACAGCUGAGGCUAAUAAUCUUGCAGCAGUAGCAGGAGCAAGAGAUGUCUAUUGUAAGAGUAUGGAGCAGGUAUGCGGUGGUGAUAAGCCGUACAUUGCACCUUCAGAUUUGGAGCGAAAACACCUGGAUCUCAAGGAAGUGGCGCUCAAACAGUUUCGUUCUGUGAAAAAAAUGGGUGGAGAUGAAUUCUGUCGCCGUUAUCAGGACCAGCUUGAAGCUGAAAUCGAAGAAACCUAUGCAAAUUUUAUAAAGCACAAUGAUGGCAAAAAUAUCUUCUAUGCUGCUCGCACCCCUGCCACACUAUUUGCAGUCAUGUUUGCUAUGUAUAUAAUCUCAGGACUGACUGGCUUCAUUGGCCUAAACUCUAUAGCUGUCUUAUGCAACCUUGUCAUGGGGCUGGCACUGACGUCCCUUUGUACUUGGGCGUAUGUUAAGUACUCUGGGGAGUUCAGAGAAAUUGGAACAAUGAUUGAUCAGAUUGCUGAAACACUAUGGGAACAGGUAUUGAAGCCCCUGGGUGAUAAUUUGAUGGAGGAGAACAUAAGGCAGUCUGUAACAAACUCUAUCAAAGCAGGCCUGACUGACCAGGUGUCUCAUCAUGCCCGAUUAAAGACAGACUGACAGUCAUCUCCUCACGGACUCCACUCUCCCUUGUUCAUGCUUGCUGUACAAUGAGAACUCAGAUAAAUAAACCAAAGUUUACAAUCAACUGUAGAAGUAGUUUAGUGUAACUGGCUUCCCAGAUGGCUGCCACAGAGUGUGAACAUGGUUGGUUGUUUUCAGCCUUCCUUUGCUGUCUCCUCAGACCUGGCGAUUGGCUGAGGAGCCUUAGUUUAUCAUGCACAUCUGUGCCAUGUUUAAUUCUUUUCUUUCUUUUUACCGAAUUUAAUGUUAGUGAAAUUUGUCUUAUGUAAAAGGAUAUUUCAGGGAAAUAUUUUAAGAAAUCUAUUUAGAGUCUCUUUAAUAUAGUGUCCCAUUGAAAUUUUAAUUUUUAGAGAAUUUAUGAAUCACUGUAUCAAGAAUCAGAUGGGAAUGACAAUGAAGCCUUUAUUGAGCCACUACAUUAAAAGUGUAUAUUGCUUUACUGCCUUCAAUGCCAGUAUUACAUAAAUGCAUGUAUCAGACACGUCACACAAAUCACAUGACAACUCUUGUAGCUGAGAAGGUAACUCUGAGGUGUACAUUUGUCUUGCCUUUUUAAAUUUGUAAACCUGCCCUGAAAGGAGAUGCAUUAUCUGGGAAACUGAACUGUUUUUUUUGCAGUUUAGCCUUCAUGUACAUAAAAUAUGCCAUUAAUUUUAUUGGGGGAGAAA